UAGGUACUACAAGCUUUUUCGACCCCACACUCGAUACCUUCUUAACAUAAAACCAACAAAUCAGUGUUUCCCCACAUCCAGAUUGACUGCACUCUUUUUUUUCCCCCUCGUAAACUUCCAGGGGGCGCUAUUGAAGAAACGUAUAUUUAUUAAAUUUUGUUUGUGUUGUAGCAUUAUGCUACACCUCUAACACUAACCUUCCAAUCAAGUGUUUAUUCGUAAUAAUAAUUUUUAUUCUUUUUAUGAAAUGAGUCUUACACAUUGAUGGCAGUGCGUUAGUUUAGCAUAACGCUGAAGGCCGGCAAUAGUGCGAUGAUUCACAGCCGAGUGUGGGAUGAUUGACAGCUGUCAUAUGGCCUGCCAGAAUAUUCCCUUCACACCUUUUGAGCCAACACCAUGCUGAAUUUGCUCCUUGCUAAAUGUGGCCCAGAGCAGCAUUAGCACAAUGUGAAGUGGAUGCUGCUUCCUUAUGUGUCUUACACACAUCCAUUUGGAGCGGUCCUUUGGGUUUUUUGGUUUUGGGAAAGGAUUUUUACACAGCUGUUUUAAUUCCGCUUAGGACUAAAUUGGUCAUUUCGGCUAUGCAUAAUUUGUGACAGACUCAAACUUUCCCCCAGGUUGAUUUACAUGCGAGUUCCACGUGUGCGUUUCCUUUUGUCCCUAUUUUUGCGCUUUAAAAAAAAACAGUUGGCGGUAAAUCCACACUGAACACAUGCGUGACAUAUCAACAAAAGUGUGUCAUUAUCAGACCCCCAAAAAAAUCCCAGACAGGGUGAUGACGUCACCGAAGGAACCAAUCGACGCGCGCGCGCGGGCUCUCAUCCGUCUUCCUCCUCAUCAUCCUCACCAUCAUCUUCAUCAUCUUUUUCCCGCCGCAGGAGGAGAAAGAAACGGACGGAGGAUGGAGGGAGAGCAGCAAGCAACAUGUCGUCAGGGAAAUGAAGUAGGACAAGAAGAAGAAGAGCAGAACCUGGAAGGGAGCGGAUCACCGAGAUACCCAAAGAACAGAAGACAUUGGCACACACACACACUGAGAGAAGAUGCCGUUCCACCAUGUGACGGCAGGCCUCCUCUACAAAGGCAACUACCUGAGUCGCUCUCUCUCAGACACCGACAGCGACGUGUUGGCCAGCAUCUCCGUGGAGGAGCUCCAUGAGAUCCGGGAAGCCUUCAAGGUUCUGGAUCGCGACGGCAACGGUUUCAUCUCCAAGCAGGAGCUGGGAAUGGCCAUGCGUUCCCUGGGAUACAUGCCCAGCGAGGUGGAGCUUGCCAUCAUUAUGCAGCGCCUCGACAUGGACGGUGAUGGCCAGGUGGACUUUGAGGAGUUCAUGACGAUCCUGGGACCAAAACUUCUUUCUUCUGAAACCAGAGAAGGUUUUCUGGGAAGCACCAUCGACACCAUCUUCUGGCAGUUUGAUAUGCAGAGGAUCACGCUGGAGGAACUGAAGCACGUACUCUUCUACGCCUUCCGAGACCACCUGACCAUGAAGGACAUUGAGAACAUCAUCAUCAACGAGGAAGAGAGCCUCAAGGAGAACGCGGGGAACUGUCAGACCGAAUUUGAAGGAGUGCACCCGUCCAAGAAGAACCGUCAGACCUGCGUGAGGAAGAGCCUGAUCUGCGCCUUCGCCAUGGCGUUCAUCAUUAGCGUCAUGCUGAUUGCAGCCAAUCAGAUGCUGAGGAACGGCAUGGAAUAGCCACGUCCACUGUGACACAUACCCACGCAUUCAUUUUUUUUCCUCAAGCUCCACCCCUUUACUCCGACAGCAGGGACUCUCAAGGGCUGCCGUUACCCACAAUCCUCCUCUGACAUCUUCGGAUGAUGCAAUAAGAAGGCGCCGGCGGCAGGAAGGAGCACUUGACUUUUGUUUGGACGCCACGUACGGCAAGGAGCCGCCGAAUGUGGUCAGAAGGUCCACGUGGACAGCAUCAAGUUCCGUGCGGAGGAACAAGACAUGUCCAACCUGGCGGACUCACUCAAGUAUGGUGAACACUCGUUCUGGCUGCCACAGGGAAUGCUGGGAAUUAUUUUUUUUUUUAAAUACAGUUUGCCGGUGUGGACUGUAAGUCCUCCAAGAGGGGGAUCAAACAGGGAUCUCUUUGAGACAAGAACCCCUAACACUUAACGUCCUCCUUUCUCGUCUUCCUCCACUGUCGUCCUCUUUUUCAUCCUCCUCCUUUCCCCUCUUCUGCCCUCAUCCUCUACUUUUCUUUUCCUCCUUUUCCCGUCUCCGCAAAGCAUGAAUAUUCUCCCCCGUUUGUCGCCACCUUCUUCCGACUUCCCGUUUCUCACGGCAACCGAGUGUGUCGAGGAGACCAGGCGGCGCCGUCCCGUCUCGUCCAUCUGUGCUGUGUCUGUGUGCGCGUGUGUCCUUUUCCGUCUUCUGACUUGUUGAAUCAAUUCACUGCUAUUGACUGAUUAAUGAUUGAUUGACGAGUGAUGCUGUAGGUCACUUUGCAUAAUAAGCUUUAUACAUGAUCAAGCACACAUAGCAGCAAUACUGAUACCACAAUACAAUAUCCAUUUUUGCCAAUUGGACUCCUCGUUAAGAGGGCCAACUGAACACUUAGCAGGAACGGUGAGACUCACCCUGGACUGGUCGCCAGCCAAUUGGCAGACAAACCAAUCCCAUUCAUAAUGUCAUGUCAUAAACGCCUGUUAGCUAAAUGCUAACACAUAAAUUGCGGAAAUCAGCAUAGAUGGUCACGAUAAAUACAACUGCUACGUUAACACACAUGGUGCAGCAACACAUAUAGACCGAGCAUACAACUAUACGCAGAGACAUAUUUUCUCUGCUCCGUGUGAACUAGUAGGGUAGCUAAUCUGUGCCGUCUGGCGGCUUGGCACAACUCUGAAUUGGGACGGAUCAAUUUAAAAAUGACGGGUUUUAAAUCUGCGAUAUUGCGCUUGUUCACUGUAAAACGAAGCAACAUAAAACUAGCAGCACCUUUACUAAAAAAAGGAAGAAGCCACGUGGUCUCCUAGGCCCCGCCCACACGUGUUGUGUCUGUUAUAUGUGAAUUCUAUGAAGUAACAAAACACUGUGACUGCACAACUCCAGUGACACUCUUGCGCCGGGUGACGUCACUCUGAGGCGGAAUGUGUUUUCCAAGCCAUAACGGGAUGACCAGCAACCUUUGUGAAAUUGCGCCCUCUUGUGGACAGCACGCAAACAGCGUGUUUGUUUACGCCACAAUAAUAUCACGUUUUAAUUUAACAAUUUGUUAAUUAUUGUCGUCAUGAUACAGUGCACUUGUACAAGCACAAUAAUAAACAUAUUGUUAGUUUAAUAAUGAUAAAGUGAGCAUCAUAGCUAGAUUAUUUUUUUUCUUGUUUGAUGGUGUACCUAAUGACUUGUCUAGUGAGAAGUGUCAAGGGGUGGGCAAACAAUAUUUUAAAAAGAACAGAUAGGCCAUGUCAUUUGUAGACGAGAUACGUCACCGUUAAAACGUGUAUGUAACACAUGUAAAAAAGUUUUAUAAAAUAAUGGGAUAAUUAUGCUGCAUUGAAUUCAUUGCCAAUUAUUCCUUAAACCAAUAAUUAAAUGUGUCACAUAGCGUAAAUAAUAAGUGAUAGUUCAUUGCCAUUUUAAAAUAAUUACUAUAUUAUAACCAAUUAUGUAUGUUAAAAAAAGUCAAAUGCAUGUGUAAAAUAUUUCGGUAAGAAUUCAUUCUCGUUUUCAUUUUCAUGUAAUAAUAUGGAUGGACCAAUCAUUUAUUUAAACAAAUAAUUACAUUGUAAAUGCAUGAAUAAAAUAC